UAAUUUUAAUUUAUAUUUACUUUUCAUUUUUUGUAAAUAUUUACCUGUCUUUAAACAUUGAAAGUUUGUUGGAAUAUACUGCAAAUUAAGCUGACAAAGACAUUUUGGAGAUUUUUGCAUUCUUUUACAUUUUCGGCCAAACAAGAUUUGCAGGUUUCAAAAUAUAAUGAGCAUAUGUUGAUGUAGGCCUUUUUCAUUCACUGGAAAGCCCCAUUUUAUGUUUCUAUCUUCAUAUGUGUGUGUGGUGUGUGUGUGGUGUGUGUGUUUUCACCUGCAUGAUCGUUGAAGCUGCUGUACGCUUUCAUACUGAGCAUUUCAACAGGAAACCAAAAUUCAACUAGGAAGGAGGUCAUGAUUGUGCACAGGCCCGAGCAGUGCUUCAAAGAAAACCUCAUCAUCAAAUCUAACACAAAGACUUUUAAAAAUGCCCAAAAUCUCUUUUUUAAAAAUGAAAUAAAAUAAAAUGACUGUCUAAAUCCCUUAAUGUACAGAUGGCAAAAUUAUAUUUCUUUCAUAGAGAUGAAAAUUUUAUAUUUUAAAAAAUUAUCAUUUAAAAAUAAUAAUCAGUACUCAAGUAUAAUCAUGUAUCACACAUAUACAUUUAAAUUAUUAUUUACAUAUUCAAGAUUUCACAGUGUUAAUCUCUGGUGCGGUCUGUGUGAGGAACAAGGAUGUGUGCAGAUGCAGAUAUUCUUGUUCCUGUCUGUUCCGUGGUAUAGCCUACAGCCACUUCCUGUGCAAUGCGUCAUUUCUUUUCUUUCUCUAAAACUAACUGUUGUCUUUUCAGUCAUGGCUUCUGUCAUGACUAAUAAAGCUACCAGCCUUCUAAUUUUUAUAAACAUUUUUCAAGGAAUUCAGAGUGUCUUCAUAGAACACAAAACAGAGGAGAACGCGACAGUUGGACAGAACAUCAGCCUUCCGUGCAUCAUGCUCCAUGAGCAUCCAAAAAUCAUUCAGUUACAAUGGCAUAAAGAGGGAGAACAGGGAGAGCAAAAAUUAGUGGUGUUUAAUCCUGCCUAUAGUCCUUCUACUCCUUCCUCUGUGGGAACUAAAUUGGAGCUGGUGUACAAUACAAACACCACAAAGCUGCGAGGCUCCAUCUUGCAUUUGCAGGAGGUUACAGAGAAAGAUAGCGGAGUCUAUGUUUGUGAUAUUGCCUCAUUUCCUGAUGGCAGUAUCAAAAGCUCUACAAAAGUCCAAGUUACAGUGCCAAAAUUUUCAAUGAACGUCACGCCCACUGACAGAACUGUAAUAGAAGGGGACACAGUGAGCAUCUCAUGUGUCAGUGAUCCUCCACCUGAAAAGUACACGUUAUUAUCCUCACUGAGUCAAUCAAUAAUGGAAAGUCAGGAUGGAAAGUUCAUAAUUCAGAACAUUACUCGGCACAACAGUGACCUGAUCUGUCAGCCCCGCUGGAACUCAUCAAACCAACACUUACAAAGCCUCAGUGCAACUGUGCACCUCAAUGUAGACUUUCUUGACAACAUAGAGUGUAAUUCCGAGAGCCAGAUACAAGUUGAGACUGGGACAAGUCUGAUGAUUACUUGUAAUACAAAGUCUUCCAAGUCCUUGCGUUUUGUCUGGAUGAAGGACAACAUGACAGUGUCCUCCAGUGCCAGUAUAAACUUGCGGUCAGUGAGUCCUGAUCAAUCUGGGAUUUACAGCCUGAUUGUUCAGACUGGAAAUACUCGUCUACACAGACAGAAGGAUUUUACAGUUACUGUGAUAAACAGGAUACACACGGAACAUCUGAGCAGCACCAUGACUAUGGAAACAACAACAAAGAUAAGUAUCACAACUAUGACAACACCCAAACUUAACAUUACAAUGCCGACAUCCCAACCGCACCAUACCAGCAGCACCACUGACACCCCUGAGACAUCUACAGAGGAAGUCAUGUAUAUCAAAACCUCAGCUCCAUCUACUGGAAAUGUCACCGUGGUGCAUGUAAAUAGCACAACACCACACACGGAUGUAAAGAGCUCAGCCACCACCUUCACACACUCCUCAAGUGAGGGCAGGACACUGUCUGAGAUUUGCUGUUCAUCCAGCCCAGGAUCUACCAGCACAGAAAUCAGCCAUGUACACCCAGAUACCAGUACAAUCACCUCUACAUCGGCUUCCAUAAGCAAGGCCACUGUGGGAAUAAGCAAUGUCUCAACAACCAAAAUUACAAGAAAAGAUGUGAGUACCACUAAGUCACAUGUGGUGUUUGCUAUCAUCCCUGUUGUUCUUGUGUUGGUUCUGAUUGGGAUUCUUUACCGGCAAUACCUCAUUCAGAAAAGGCUGGAUAAGCCACCCCCAUUCAAGCCUCCUCCUCCACCAGUGAAGUACACAUCAGCAAGAAAUCAUGAUAUACCUACUACUGACAUUUUAGUAUGAUGAACUCAUGCAUCAAAACAGAGCCUUUUAUACUGAUCAUAUGUGUUUUUUCAUGUGUCUAGAUUUCUAUUGUGCACCUUAAGUUUUUGGUUUAUGUGUUUUUGGUUUUUAGGGUUUUUAGUUUUUUUUUUUUUUUGUCUGCCUGUAACACACAUAAUAUUAAAGCUAUUCCUUAUUUUAUAAACAGGAGCCCUAUUUCACACUCUGAAAGAUAAACACUGUCACUAUCUGUCUAGUUUGUAACAUCUUCCCCUGAAAUAUCUGAUAGGUCAAAGAGCAUGAACAAGAAAACAGGUCUUCAAAAGAAAAAGACAAAAAGUAGCAUGAACAUUUUACCUGACGUAUAAAGCUAUAAAAAGACCAAAAUCUCUAUUUUGAUCAAAUUCGAUAAUUAACAAACUUUUUUCAGGUACAUAGAAUGCAAACUAAGACCUUCAUGGCAUAAAUUCAAUAUUGCAGGAUCUGCUUUAAGUAUCUGAGGAUAUUUAAAUUGUCAUGCAACAAUUUAAAAUCUAAAUAAAUGACAGUUUAUUUAUUUAUGUCCUUUGAUAGGCUUGAUUCUUCCAGAAGGUUUUUUUUUGUAAUAACAAGGCCAAAAAAUGACAUUCCUGGAUAAAUUACUAAAGGUUUAGCAUCAAAUUCUUAAGAAGUGUGUUAUAAACAACAUUGUUGGCCACAUCAUGGUACACUUGCACUUGCACCACAGUGCUAAAGUUGUUUUAAUCCAUGAGCAGAUACUUUUGUGAUAUGGCGAGUUCGAAGCUUUACCUUUGAAUGUCUGAAUGUAAAUAGUUUUCUUAAAUGCAAAAAAUCCUAAGUUGAAUAACAUGUAUUCUUUCUAUGUAUUCUAUAUACUUUUUCUGUGAGUUACCUGCAUGUUAUUAUGAAAGCAAUAUUCAGGUUCCACUGAUAAUAUCUCACACUACAAAUGUGCAAGAAAUUCCAUAUGCAAAGUUCAACACUUCAAAUUGCUGUUGUUUGUUAUAUCAAGCCUGUUUUUUACUUUAUGGUAAAUUAUACUGUAUACAAACCAUGAAUUAUCAUUUCAAA